AUAAGUGUUGGCCCCCCCUGGAAGAAAAAGUGACGUCAAUUGUAUCAAUCAUUUGAGUGAUUAAUUCCGUUUGCACGUGGUUGGUUGCAUCCUUAACUUCUGUGGCUAAUAUUUGCAUCCAUAGUCACCUUGAACUCCUUUAAACCAAUAGCAAAAGUAUUCGUUCAAAAAAAAUCUCCCUAAAUAACCUUAUACCAGUUAUCUCAAGGUGAUUGUGGUGCUAUCUAAACCUGGCGCAUGGCUCGCUCUUUCAGCAUCGAAGAAGAAAACCUGGAAAUUGUGAUCAUGAAGCAGGCUUGAGGUUGAGUCUUUCUCAAUAUGGGAGGAUGAUCCUUCAUGUUGUAGAUUUAUCCCUGUUUGUAGGCAAUCAUGAUCAUGAAACAGGCUCGAGGUCGAGUCUUUCUCAUGGUGGGAGGAUAAUCCAGAAAGGUAUAAGGAUAUAAAUGAUGAUGUCAUCACAAGUCAUCCAUCGGAGGUUGCGUCCAUAGAUAUAUCCAAUGGGAAGAAGGUGAUAAUAAACAGGCCAAAUAAACUAAAUUGCCUUAACUACCAAGUUAUUGUUCAAUUAUUAAAGAUGUUUGAAGUGUAUGAAAAUGAUCCAACAAUCAAGUUCUUGAUGUUAACGUUUGUUGUAUCACAGGGGGCUACAUGAAAGAUACAUUUUGCUGAGAGAUUCAAGGAGUAUUAGGCCACUAGUUUAACUAUUGGAAAUGGAAGAGCAUUUUGCUCUGGUGGGGAUAUUACAUCUCUUAUGAUGCUCACAAGUGCAGGGCAUUGGAGUUUUGGUGCUAACUUCUUUCGGAAACAAUACACUCUAAACUACUUACUUGGGACAUACAAGAAACCAUUGAUUGUACUUCUAGAUGGAAUCGUGAUGGGAGGCGGAGCUGGAUUAUCUAUGAAUGCAACAUUUAGAAUCGUGACAGAAAACACAAUAUUCGCAAUGCCUGAAGCAUCAAUAGGGUCUGUUCCAGAUGUUGGUUCAUCUAAUUUCUUAUCACGACUUCCAGGUCAUUUUGGUGAAUAUGUAGCACUCACUGGGGUACGAUUGAAUGGGAUUGAAAUGGUUAAGUGUGGUCUUGCAACACAUUUUAUACUUUCAAAGAAUUUAUCUUCACUCGAAAAUGCACUUAGCAUGAUGACUUCAUCUAAUGCCGGAAGUCUAACAAAAAUUUCAGAGAUUAUUAAGAACUUUGAACAUGGAAAAAACAAUAAACUAGAAAAGACAAAUUCCAGCCUGGAAAUGAUCAAUGAAUGUUUCUCAAGAGAGGAUGUAGAAAAUAUAUUAUCAUCAUUGGAGAAUUUGGCCGCAUGCAAGCAUGAAAAGUGGAUUAUUGAUGCUAUAAAAUCGAUCAAAUAUGCUUCUCCAUUAUGCUUAAAACUUGCAUUAAAACUGAUUAGAGAAGGCCGACAUAAAAAACUUGAACAAUGCCUUGCUUGUGAACAUCUUGUUGUUAGUCAUCUUCUACGAAGAACUGUGAAUUAUGAUUUUUACGAGGGACCUAGAGCAAUGAUAAUUGAUAAAGAUAAGAAGCCACAGUGGUCACCAUCAAAACUUCAUCUAGUAAAUGAGGAAAUGGUAAGCACAUGUUUCUCCACAAUUGACGAUGAAGAUUGGCAACCAUUAAAACUAUUUGCAAGAGAAAACUCGAAUCAAUUUAUGAUGUCAAGGAUCUAGCGACUUAUCUUCGUUAUGUGUCCAUUAUAUCUUAUUAUCAUGUAUACUCAUGUUGAUUUAGGUGUUUGCAUAUUCAAUGUGUGAAUCAUAUCACUUUUUAAUUAAUAAAAUAAUAUAGUUGAUAUA